CCAUGGUGCAGGUUCUGUUGUGCAGGUUCUUCCAGGAUGAUCCCGGAGUGCUGCGACCUGAACGCCCUGCGGGGAGCCGAGGACAGCGCAGGCGAAGCCGGAACCCGGCCAUGGUAAGGAGUGCGGCAUCCGUAAUCAGGCAGAUAGGCUGCCCAGACCCAGUAAGGAGUCCAGUGAUAUUGUCAGCAUUGUCCCGAGAGCAGGAAGAGUGGGCUUUGCUGGAUCCUUCUCAGAAGAAUCUCUACAGAGAUGUGAUGCUGGAGACCUGCAGGAACUUCACUUUUAUGGGAGUUUACUGAGGCUGCAGUCAUGGCUCUGAAACCUGUUUCUGAGGAUUAAAUGAAAGUCCAUCUUACAGAAAGUUGGAGA